AUGAAUCCAAAAUUCAAGGGCCUCGAGGGGUCAUUGGGAGCGGUGUACUACAACUUUCCUCAUGCAGGAUCUGUGGGUGGCUUUUUCGAUGGCCACCCUCUUGUAAACUGGCGUCAUGAGAACCUGAUGCGGCUGUUCUUCCGGGCCUUGCGAUCCUUCAUGACGGUUGGAGGUUUGGUGAAGGUGGCUUCCAACAUGGGUGCUGUCGGAGUUCGGUUCUCGUACAUUACUUUUGGUGCCAAAGAGAAUGAGUUUGAUCAUGUUGAAACUGUACCCUUCUUGCAGUGGAACCUCCACCGUUACAGCCGAUCCUAUGGAGAUAGGCGAGACGUGAUCCGAAGACCAGACCAGGCCGAGGGCUACAAUGCCCAGCGAGCAGACAAAGACAUGGUGUAUACGUUCAAGUAUAACCCAAGCGGCAAGCCUUUGCCCCCGCAAGCCCUGCGACUGCCCCCGACUUUGAUGACCUUGGAGGAGUGUCAGGAUGGUCCAUUCAGGUCAGUCCCCUCUGCAGAGGUGAAGAAACAAGUGGCCAAGCAGCUUCAUGAGAGGUUCCUCAUGGAAUGCUCCGGACGUCAUGUCGGGUGA